AUGAGUAAUAUAAAUAAAGAAGUUAAUAAUGAAAAUAGAGAAUUUUUUAGAAAUACAAAUAAAAAUAUAAGGGAAUAUGAAAAUCAAAUAAGGAGGUUACAAGAUUAUUAUAAUGAAGAUUUAUUAAUUAUUGAAGAAGUAAAAAGAAAAUAUAUGCUUACUCCAAGAAAAUCUCUUGAUGAAAAUGCAGAAAAUGAUUUAAUUUUUAAUAAUGAUAAAAAAAAUGAAGAUAAAAUUAAAAAAAAAGAUAAUGUCUCGAAAUCACUUGAAAAAAAUAUAGCAUUAAUAACUUUGUUAAUUAAUAUUACCUUAAUUAUAUCAAAAAGUGUUGCAUCAUACUUAUCUGGAUCUUUUUCUAUUCUAUCAACAGUUGUCGACUCAGCUGUUGAUAUUACAGCUGGUCUUGUUAUAUGGUUAACAACAAAAACAAUUAAAAUAGAUAAACCUUAUUCAUAUCCCAGAGGCAGAAAUCGUUUAGAACCAUUAGCAUUAAUAAUUGUUUCAAUUAUCAUGGGAAUAGCAUCAUUACAAAUAAUAAUCCAAUCAAUAAAAUCUAUUAUUGAAGGUACAAUUGAUCCACAACUUGAUAAAAUUUCAAUAAGUAUAAUGAUAUCAACAAUUAUUGUAAAAUUAUCUCUUUACUUAGCAUGUUAUCGUUUCUCAUCAUCUCAAUCUAUUCAAAUUUUAGCUAUGGAUCAUCGAAAUGAUUGUAUAUCAAAUUUUUUUGCUCUUCUUUGUGCAGCACUGGGAAAAUAUUUAAUAAUUUAUGCAGAUCCAAUUGGUGCUGUUCUUGUAUCAAUAUUUAUUGCAAAAUCAUGGCUUUCAACUGGUUUAGAACAUUCUCAAAUGCUUGUUGGAAGAUCAGGUGAUGGAAUAUUAAUAUCAAGAGUUAUUAAUGUCACUAUGAAUUAUCAUGAAGAUAUAAAAAAAAUUGAAAAAGUUUUUGUUUAUCAUAUUGGAGUAAAAUUUUUAGUUGAAGUAUAUGUUAAAUUGGAUAGUGAAAUGACAUUACGAAGGUCAGACUCCAUUUUACAGGGAUUGCAAGAAGCAUUAGAGGGCCUUGAAUUUGUUGAAAGAGCUUUUGUAUUAGGAGAACCAUAUGUAAAAUGA